UUCGAAUAUCAUUUUCGUGAUCGAGUGGUCAAAAUAUGUUGUUUCGUUUUCUAACAGGGUUAUGGCUGAUGCAAAAGUGGAAGAAAUCUGAAGCAUUGACACAGCUCUCACUGCACGACCAUGAAGAUCUUCGUCAGACGUGUAUCUACCGUCUCAGCCAAUCAAAAGGCUUGGAGUACUUUAAGAACGUUCUACUAGUCAGUUCAGUUCAGGAUCACUACGUUCCUUAUCAUUCAGCUAGAAUUGAAAUGUGUAAGGCUGCAUCGAAGGACACCUCAGAAUAUGGAACAAUUUAUCGAGAAAUGAUAAGCAACCUGUUAACGCCGCUGAAAAACAAGAAAAACACAAAUUUUAUCCGUUACAGCUGCUACCACGCCCUGUCAAGUUCAGCCAACUCGUUCAUCGGUCGGGCGGCUCAUAUAGCCAUGCUUGACUCGGAACUUUUUAUCGAGAAACUUUUACUAGUAUCAGCUCAAGAUUAUUUUAAAUAAUAACUAGCUUUGAAUAAUCAAUUGAAUCUGUAAAAAAAUGUUUCUAGAAAAAUCCUCAGUUGAGGCUGGCGCGGAUGGCCUGGUUUUGAUUUAAGAACAAUUGCGUUGUGACGUAGUUUCGAUUCACCAGAUUUGCUCCAAAUAACUGCACCAUGUGUAAAGAAGUUUAAAAUCUUCCGGUAGCACCUUCUUCCAUAUUAUCUCCUAAAAACAAAUUGAAGGGAAAUUUUAUGAGGUAAAAAUAUAAGAAAUACUUUAAAAAACUGACGUCACACAUUGAGAUUAAAUUCAGAUUCAGGCCCUUCUCGGAAACCUCAUUUUGAAGUAAAAUGUUCUACUUUACCGAUCGAUAUAGCUUAGGAAACCGGUAUUCUACUCCACGAAGGAAUAUAAGCCUAGACGUACAAUUAGGGCUGAUUUUCAUAGGUUAAGGUUUGUAAAUUUUCAAAAUUUAAUAUUUCAUAAAAAUUGCUGAAUUUCAAA